GAUGUCCCCAUCGUCCCAAGCCUUACUGCUCACCCGUCUCUCCCUCUCUCUCUCUCUCUCUCUCUCUCUCUCUCUCUCUCUCUCCCCUACUUCUCAAAAAUUGAACGACUCUGUCUUGGUGAUCCGAUUUCCUGAGAUUCAAUCCUUCCCCUUCCUUUCUUCCUCCAUUCUUCAUCUUUUUCCUCCAAAUUUCACUACCCAUUUCUUCUUUUCCCAGGAAUUCAAAUCCACAUUUCAAAUUUAUCAGAAUUCAAAUUCCAGAAAUUGCAAAUUUCCAUCUUUUUUUUUUAAAUGUUCUGACCCCUUCUUCCUGCUCUGCACGAUUAAUUUCACUACCCAAAUCAAUCCUAUUUCUUGAACUCUAUAUUAAUUACUAAUUUCUUUAUUAUUCAAACAAAUUUCAAUCUAAUCCCAUUUGGGUCUCUGUUUUUUUUCUGCAAAAUUACCCAGAACAGAAACAGAGUAAUCCAACAAAAUGGCGCAACAACCGCCCAUUAAACCGGUUCUCCAGAAACCUCCAGGAUACGGAUACCCGCACCAACCGGGCCGGCCCGUACCCAGUCCGCCAGGCCGAAAGCCCAACAUUCCCCCUUCCUUCCGCCCAAAGCCCAGCCGGGGGAGCAGCUGCUACUGCAUAUGCUGCUGCGUCUUCUGCGCCUUCCUCCUCGUCGUCAUCAUCCUCGCCGCCCUCGCCGGAGGCAUCUUCUACCUCCUAUUUGACCCCCGGCUCCCGGCCUUCUACCUCCUCUCCUUCCAGAUCCCCAAAUUCGAACCCGUCUCCAAACCCGACGGGACCCACCUCGACGUCCAGGCUGUCACCAGUGUCGAGGUGAGGAACCCCAACCCGAAACUCGACAUCUUCUACCGCGAGGGGAUCGAGAUGUACGCGAUCCUCGGGGACGAGAACGACGUGGGGUUGGGGCUGGGUUCAAAGCUGCUCAAAGGGUUCACGCAUAGGCACCGGAACACGACGAAUUUCAAGAUGGAUAUGAGGGUGAGGAACAAAGUGGUGGAUCAGACGGUGGGGCGGAGGCUGGCGGCGCAGCUGAAGAGUAAGGAGAUAAAGGUGGCGGUGGAGGGAAAGACGAGGAUUGGGUACGUGAUCAAAGGGUGGAGGGUUGGGACGAUGCAGAUCAAUGUCUUAUGUGGUGGCGUGAAGUUGAAGGUUGUUGAUGCAGGAGAAAUGCCCAAGUGCACCAUCAAUGCGUUCAAAUGUGCAGGAUCAACAUUCGUUGAUACGAUGGAUCUGAUCCUCACAAAGCAUAAUAUGUAAAGGGUGAUAGCGCAAGAGAAUUCAAUUUGGUGAGCUCAUCAGCUGGAUGCUGCAAUUUCCAAGCAGACAUUUGUUGCCAGAAGAUUAAAGGAUAUGGAUUUCUCCCUAAUCUAUAUAUCUUUCUAAUAUUUAUAAACAAGCGAGCCUUUUACAACGUAUAUUCUUUGGUGUUAAAAAAAAAAAAAAAAAAAAAACAGUAUUGGAUGGAUGGGGGCAGUAUCUAUAUGAAUUCCAAAACACAGGCUAACAUGUGUGAGUUUAAGCUUUUGGAUCCUUCUAACGCAUUUGGAAUACAUAUCAGUUUAGAAGGAGCGAGGGUUGAAAUUUUAAUUUAUUAAUUUGUUUAUUUUGGUGACUGGUUUGGACACUUGGUUUAAUUAAUUAGUUAUUUAUCAGCUUAA